AUGCCUAUCUCUAACGCCAUCUACACUUCUCUUUUCCGCAAGAAUGCUGUCUACUUGACUGCUAUCUUCGCUGGUGCCUUCGCCUUCGAGCUUUCCUUCGAUACCGCCUCCAACAAGAUCUGGGACUCCUGGAACGCCGGUCGCCAAUGGAAGGAUAUCAAGCCCCGUUACCUCGUCAAGGAUGAGGAGGAGGACGAUGACUAA